AUGGAAGCAGAUUUAACGGAGAAACUAAUUACUCUCGGAAAAGACCUCGGUUUUGAGGGGAAAGAACUUCAAGAAUGGGUUAAGGGAGAGCGUGAGAGAGCGCGGGAAGAUAGAGCGGCAGAGCGUGAGAGAAGAAAAACAGAAGCCGAAGCCGCUGAAAGAUUGAAACAGCUAGAACUUCUGCAACUCGAUAAAGAGAAGGAGCUACUUUUGUUGAGGGCCGGAAAUGGUCAAAGUCAGGGAGCGGAGAAUAACGGAACCCUCCUAAAUUCCGCGAGAUUCCAUGGGCUAAGUCUCCAUAAGUUGCUGCCACCUUUCGAAGAACGAAAGGAUGACCUAGACGCAUACCUGAUAAGGUUUGAAAAAGUAGCGGAAGGACAAAAUUGGGCCAGAGAUCAAUGGGCAAGCGCUCUGAGCCUUUGUUUAACGGGCGAGGCGUUAUCCGUAUACAGCCGAAUGGCUCCUACCGACUGUGUUGACUACUGCAAGGUGAAGCAGGCAUUACUACAACGGUUCAGAUUAACCGAAGACGGCUUCCGCGAGAAGUUCCGUGAUUCUGCCCCUAAGGAUGGAGAAACAGUAGCUCAAUAUAUUGCGCGUUUGGACAACUACUGGGAGAGAUGGAUUGAGCUAUCCAAAACAACGAAGGAGUACAACGAAGUGAAGGAAUUACUUUUGAAAGAGCAGCUGUAUGCCCACACCGACGAUAAGCUUACCCUUUAUCUGCGAGAGCGCAAGGGCGAGACUUUGAAAGAGCUCGUGAACAGAGCGGAACAGUACGUUGAGGCUCACCACCUCCGAAAUUUUGGAAAGAAAGCUAGAGGGAUGAAAGAAGAGGGGAGAAACACCUUCGAGAGAAAAGGCGAGCCAGGUUUAAAGAAAGUUGAACAUAACGAGAGGGACCGGCCGCGGUGCUACAUUUGCAAUCGUAUUGGUCACAGACCGCAGGAAUGUAGAAGCUCAGCAGCGAGACCCCCACCAAAGUGUAACAGGUGCGGUAGAAUUGGCCAUACGUCGUGGAACUGUCGAGCACGGACCGGAGAUCAGAUGAAACCAGUCACCAGGGAACCCCCUAAAGAAUCCGUGUCGCUAUGCGUGCAAGAAGGCUUUGUUGAGUUGAAAAGCGGGAUGAAAAUACCCGUAGUACAAGCAGCCGUAUCAGGACGUAAGGACCCAUUCGGAGAGAACAAGUUGCCGGUGGCAGAAGGCAAGAUGCAUGGGCGAAGGAUAAAAGUUCUUAGAGAUACCGGAUGCAACACUACUAUCAUUCGCAAAGAACUGGUGAACGAGGACGAUUUAACAGGAGCAGUACAUCCAGUAUGCCUCGUCGAUCAUACGGUACGAAUGCUGCCUGAAGCCGAAAUUUUUGUACGAUCGCCUUACUUUACGGGCCGCAUCAAGGCCAGAUGCAUGGAAAACCCCAUGUAUGACCUAAUUCUGGGAAACGUAGAAGGUGUCAGAGGCGCCGAAGACCCCGAUCCCUAUUGGAAUUGUGACCCAGAAACGCCUGCGGGGGAGACCGAAAGGGCUUCGCAUGAACCGACCGCCCAAGAGGAGAAUGAGGAAACCGAAGAAAAGAAGAUUGCCGAACAAGCGGCAGGUAUUGAUGAGCCACAGGGCAAUUGUGAAGCUCACGCUGUCAUCACAAGACAACAAACGAAGGAGAAGAACCCCGUGUUUCGGAAGUUGAAGGCUCCGCAAUUGAGCACCGGGUUGGACACAGAAAAUUUUGCCCGUGACCAGAGGGAAGACACAACACUCGAAAAGUGUUUUGCAGAAGUAGGCGUGACAAAGAAAACGAGAAGAAAAGGGAACGGAAGUGUAUGCUACGUGCGGAUCGAAGAUAAACUUUACAGUAGAUGUACGAGCAACGCAAGCAGCGAGGAAAUACUACAAUUAGUAGUGCCCAAGAAAUACCGAGCUUCUGUACUCGAGUUAGCGCACAAUGGGAUGAUGGCUGGCCAUCUUGGAAGCGGAAAAACGGCGGACCGCGUCCUGACUGAGUUCUACUGGCCAGGUCUUCAGGCCGAUGCCAAGCGGUUUGUUGCCAGUUGUGACAUUUGCCAGCGCACGACCCCAAGGGGGAAAACGGCGAAAGCCCCGCUGCAGAAAACGCCCGUUAUAGACACUCCGUUCAAGCGAGUCGCCAUUGAUAUCAUCGGACCGUUGCAACCACCGUCUUCGCGGGGCAAUAAGUUCAUCCUGACACUGAUGGACUAUGCCACGCGAUUCCCAGAAGCAGUAGCACUUCCAAGUAUUGAAACCGAGAGAGUUGCCGAAGCUCUGGUUAACAUCUUCAGUCGCGUAGGCGUCCCCGAAGAAGUUCUGAGCGACAGGGGUACAAACUUCACAUCCGGCCUUAUGAAGGAGGUUGCUAGACUACUAUCUCUACGCCGGCUGACCACGACCCCGUAUCAUCCAAUGGCCAAUGGAUUAGUGGAGAAGUUUAAUGGGACCCUGAAGACUAUGCUCCGCCGCAUGUGUGCCGAACGCCCUCGUGAUUGGGAUCGUUGCUCUACGGGCGAAACGUUAGAGGGCCAUUGA